AUGGCAUUUCUGAAACGCGUCAGCCUGGCUGCCGCUCUGGCGGGCACAGUGCAAGCUUCGCUCUAUGGGGAGAGCAAGGUCAACCACACCUGCGUGCUGGAACCUUCCGUCCUCUCCUGCUCGUCCAGUGCGAACGCUGCCAGCGUCGACACCUGCUGCACCGAAACCUACGGUGGUCUGCUGCUCUCUACGCAGUUUUGGUCGACUUGGACAGGCCUCGAGGCCGAAGGGCAGAAGCUACCUGCCGACACGUGGACAUUGCACGGAUUGUGGCCUGACUUUUGCAAUGGUUCGUACACGCAGUACUGUGAUCUGUCGCGCCAAUAUGACCCUACGCCAUCACCCAACACCACCAACGGCCUACCCAACGGCACUGUGGUUCCGCCGUACAAGGGACCAAACAUUGGGACUUUCCUGGAAUCCUUCGGCCGAUACGACCUCCUCGACUGGAUGAACACGUACUGGAUCAACCAGGGCGCACCCAACAUCGACUUAGCUGCCCAUGAGUUCUCCAAGCACGCCACAUGCUACUCUACCUUUGACGUCCCGUGCUACGGGCCCAAGUACGUCGAGCAUGAGGAGGUAGUGGAUUUCUUCGAAACCGUCAUCAAAUAUUACAAACGCCUGCCCACCUGGGAGUGGUUGCACGAGGCGGCGAUUGUCCCUUCGAACUCGACCACCUACACGCUCUCAGACUUUCAGGCCGCGCUUACUAAAAGGUACGGCGCGACACCGUAUAUCGGGUGCAGCGGCCCUCGAUACAAUGCCACCGAGGCUGGGAAGGGCAGCACGGAUAAUGGGCGGACAGUUGUCAGCGAGGUGUGGUAUUAUAGCCAUGUGGUUGGGCGUCCUCAAGACGGCAAUUCCAUCCCUGUCAACGCCACGAGCCCGAAUACCAGCUGCGCAAAGGCCAAAGGUGCUCUGAACUACUACGAGGUGACCCCUGGUUCGAUUCAGGGACGCUAG